AAAAAGUUUGGUUACAUGGCGACGGAGCAGCACGGUGACUUCCGGUCCAAGGUGUCCAUAGCAAAGUCUCUGAAGAUGAUGCAGAGACAGAUGGGUCUGAAGGAGACUGGAGAACUGGACAAGCUGACACUGGAGGCCAUGAAGCGACCUCGCUGUGGUGUUCCUGAUGUGGCCAAUUACAACGUAUAUGGCGGGGAACCCAAAUGGGACCAUAACGAUAUUACAUACAGGAUCCUGAACUAUUCUCCCGACAUGGACAGCAAUGUGACUGAUGAUGUCUUUGCAAGAGCAUUCAGGGUGUGGAGUGAUGUCACUCCUCUGACAUUUACCCGCCUUUUUCAAGGCGAAGCAGACAUCAUGAUCUCCUUUGAAACAGGUGACCAUGGCGAUCUACUUCCCUUUGAUGGUAAGGAUGGCAUUUUAGCUCACGCCUUUCGUCCAGGUGUUGACAUUCUGGGGGACGCCCACUUUGAUGAUGACGAAGACUGGACUCUAGGAAAAGGAAAUGUGGUGAAGACUUACUUUGGCAAUGCGGAAGGCGCCAUGUGUCACUUCCCCUUCACUUUCGAGGGGAAAUCGUACACCAGUUGCACCACCGAAGGCCGUUCCGACAACCUGCCCUGGUGUGCAACCACAGCUGACUACGACGAAGAUAAGAAAUACGGAUUCUGCCCAAGUGAACUCUUGUUCACAUUUGACGGAAAUGCGGAUGGAGCCCCCUGUGUCUUCCCCUUCAUCUUCCAGGGUAAGAUGUAUAAGAGCUGCACCACCGACAGCCGCAUUGACGGACAACGUUGGUGUGCCACCACUAGCAACUAUGACACAGACAAGAAAUAUGGCAUCUGUCCCAAACGUGACACUGCUGUAAUUGGAGGAACCUCGGAUGGAGAUGCCUGCCACUUUCCUUUUGUGUCCCGGGGCAAGGAAUACCACUCAUGUACUAGUGAAGGGAGGACAGACGGCAAAUUGUGGUGUGCCACCACUGACAGCUAUGAUAGAGACCAGAGAUGGGGUUUCUGUCCUGACCUGGGUAUUAGCCUGUUCCUGGUGGCUGCCCACGAGUUCGGACACUCACUGGGUUUGUCUCACUCCAACAUUAGAGGAGCUCUCAUGUACCCUUCGUACAGCUAUGUGGAGGAUUUCUCCCUGGAUCAGGACGACAUUGAUGGUAUUCAGUACCUCUACGGAAAUAAAACAGGCCCUGAUUCUACUCUCAGCACCACAGAAGAACCGGACCCAACUGUUUCAUCUGUAGUGACAACGCCAUCCACUGUAGAUCCCACCAAAGACCCCUGCAAGAUCCUCAAGUUUGACACCAUCACUGUGAUUCAGAGACAUCUGCAUUUCUUCAAAGAUGGGCAAUUCUGGAAGGUACGAAGCAAGGGAGACGGAGGUCGAAAGGGACCAUUUUCCAUUUCUCAGAGUUGGCCAGCUCUACCUGCUGUCAUUGACUCUGCCUUUGAGGAUGUUCAGACCACAAAAAUAUACUUCUUUUCAGGUAAGGAGUGUUCUUUCCAGAGCUUAUCAGAGCACUGA